UAAAGCUAUACAUAAGAUUCCAAGAUGUCUGCCACAGAUAGGACUGCAGUGAAGAUAGGGGAGUUUUUGCAGAAGGCCGAUCUUGGGUUAAAUGACCACCAUCAAAAUGAAGUAAUAAAUUACAUACACUUUGCUCGAUCCAGAAGGGCAUUGCGGCUUAAAACAGUGGACUCUUGUUUUCAGGAUCUCAAGGAUAGUAGGUUGGUAGAGGAGACUUUUACUGUUGAUGAAGUUGCAGAAAUGUUGCAAGGACUUCAAGCAGUGGUGCAUGGUGAAGUGGAACUGGAACUCAUAAACUCUGCCCACACCAAUUUUCUACUGCUCCGCCAACUUUUUAUGCAAGCAGAAAAGUGGUACCUAAAACUUCAUACAGAUAUUUCAGAACUUGAAAACAGAGAACUGUUGGAGCAAGUUGCUGAAUUUGAAAAGGCUGAAUUUUCUUCAUCAAACAAAAAGGCAAAUACAGAGAUGAUUAAACCAAAACUUGCACCCCUUUUUGAAAGUGGACCGUCUGAACUUCUCAACAAGGAGAUUUCAAGACUACAAGAAGAAAAUGAUAAACUGAAGGCACGAUUAAAAACAAUAGAGUAUCAGGCAACCAGUGCAUUGGGGGAUAAGAUCAAAGCAGAAAGUGCAUUGAAGGAUUUACAGAAAGUUCAAGAUAACCAAAAGGCAAAACAGAAUACUCAGGAUAUCAAUAUUUUGGAGAAGACCAUGGCAGAUCUCAAAUGUGAUUUUGAGAAAACUGUUAAUGACCACACAGUCAGUCAAAAAUAUUUGGAAGAUAAUUUAGCUUCUACAAAACAUGAACUGCUCAGAGUCCAAGAACAGCUUUCUUCGGCAGAAAAGGAGUUAGAAAAGAAAUUUCAGCAGACUGCUGUUUAUCGCAAUAUGAAAGAUAUUCUUACAAAGAAGAAUGAUCAGAUCAAGGACUUGCGCAAGAGGCUUCAAAAAUAUGAACCUGAAGAUUAAUCUGCAGGAAUGUUUUGGGUUUGUUAUCCAAAACGAUAUUAUUUUUGUCAAGCUGAGAUUUCUAAAAUGUAUUGUAAUUAUGAAGCAAAUUGUAUAAGGUAAAGUUAGUAACUACAAGUUCAGCAUUAUUUUAGUGAAUACUUUGCUGAAUCAUUAUUUUAUGUAAGGUCAUCUGUUUCAUUUAGAAAGUGUUUUAUUUUUGGGAAGCUAUUUUGAAUUAAAGUUCAACAUGUUCUAAG